GAGGAGUAGUCGGCCUUCUCCCCCCGCCCCGGCGUGAUCGCGAGUGUACGCGCGCGCGCGGAGCCCGUCCCCCCCCCCCCCCCCGUCCUCCGCCCCCCCCCCCCCCCCCCCCGCCUUCCCCCGGGCGCUCGCUAGCUUGCUUGCUCGCUGCAGCCGCCGCGGCCGGGCGCAGCCGCGCUGCCGCUCAGCUCUCUGUCCCCGCCGUCUUUUGCUGCCUCCUCCCUUGGCCCCUGUGCAAGGGGCCUGGGAGAGAAAUCGCCCCGGGAACCCCUUUGCUUCAAGCUGGGCAGUCGGACGAGGGGAACGGACAAGAAGGAGGGGAGCCGAGCUCAGGAACCGCCAGGCUCAAAGCAUAGAAUGGGGUCUCCCUUACAAGGGCCAGUGGCAGCCAGAAGCAAUAUAGUACCCCCAGCCUGGGGCCAAGACACCAGCUGAGUGGGGUGGGAGUCUCUAGGACCAUGGCAGGUGCCUCAGUGAAGGUUGCUGUGAGGGUACGACCCUUUAACGCCCGAGAGAGCAGCCAUGAUGCCAAGUGUGUGGUCAGCAUGCAGGGCAACACCACCUCCAUCAUCAACCCCAAGCAGAGCAAGGAUGCCCCCAAAAGCUUCACCUUUGACUACUCCUAUUGGUCCCACACCUCGGCAGAGGACCCUCAGUUUGCAUCUCAGCUUCAAGUAUAUCAAGAUAUCGGAGAAGAGAUGCUGCUUCAUGCCUUCGAGGGCUACAAUGUCUGCAUCUUUGCUUAUGGGCAGACAGGCGCUGGAAAAUCCUAUACCAUGAUGGGGCGGCAGGAGCCUGGGCAGCAGGGCAUUGUGCCCCAGCUUUGUGAGGACCUUUUCUCCCGGGUUAAUGAAAACCAGAAUGCCCAGCUAUCCUACUCUGUGGAGGUGAGCUACAUGGAGAUCUAUUGUGAGCGUGUACGGGACCUUCUGAACCCCAAGAGCAGGGGGGGACUGCGGGUGCGAGAGCACCCCAUCUUGGGCCCCUAUGUUCAGGACCUGUCCAAGCUGGCAGUUACCUCCUAUGCUGACAUCGCUGACCUAAUGGACUGUGGCAACAAGGCCCGGACAGUGGCAGCCACCAACAUGAAUGAGACCAGUAGCCGUUCCCACGCUGUGUUCACCAUUGUCUUUACCCAGCGUUGCCAUGACCAGUUCUCAGGACUGGACACAGAGAAGGUCAGUAAAAUUAGUUUGGUUGAUCUGGCUGGGAGUGAACGUGCUGAUUCUUCAGGUGCCCGGGGCAUGCGGCUGAAGGAAGGUGCCAAUAUAAAUAAGUCCCUGACCACAUUAGGAAAAGUGAUCUCAGCUCUAGCAGAGAUGCAAUCAAAGAAAAGGAAAUCAGAUUUCAUUCCUUAUAGGGACUCUGUACUUACCUGGCUGCUAAAGGAGAAUUUAGGAGGAAAUUCACGCACAGCAAUGAUUGCAGCUUUAAGCCCUGCAGAUAUCAACUAUGAAGAGACACUCAGCACCCUCAGAUAUGCAGACCGCACCAAGCAGAUCCGCUGUAAUGCAGUUAUCAAUGAGGACCCCAAUGCUCGACUGAUCAGAGAGCUACAGGAGGAGGUCGCCCGACUCCGUGACUUGCUGCUGGCCCAGGGGCUCUCGGCGUCUGCUCUGGGAGUUGCAAAACUGGAGGAGGAAAGCUCUGGGACUGGCUUGCCUGCUCUUUCAUCCCCACCUGGCCCAGACUCACCUUUGGGUCCCCAAGUUCAUAAUGGGGAGCUGGAGUCAUCAUUCUCUUCCAAUACUGAGCCUCAUAUUGGGCCUGAGGAAGCCAUGGAGAGACUACAGGAGACAGAAAAGAUCAUUGCAGAACUGAAUGAAACAUGGGAGGAGAAGCUACGAAAGACGGAAGCUCUGAGAAUGGAGAGAGAAGCAUUGCUGGCAGAGAUGGGUGUGGCCGUCCGAGAGGAUGGGGGAACUGUGGGUGUCUUCUCCCCCAAGAAGACCCCUCAUCUAGUGAACUUAAAUGAAGAUCCCCUGAUGUCAGAGUGUCUGCUCUAUCACAUUAAAGACGGUAUUACCAGAGUGGGCCAGGUUGAUGUGGACAUAAAACUGACAGGGCAGUUCAUCUUAGAGAAGCACUGUGUGUUUCGGAGCCUCACUCAACCUGAUGGAGAAGUUGUGGUAACUUUGGAGCCCUGUGAGGGAGCUGAGACAUACGUCAAUGGGAACCCUGUGAUGCAGCCUGUGGUGCUGAGAUCAGGAAACCGGAUUGUCCUGGGCAAGAACCAUGUCUUCCGCUUUAAUCACCCUGAGCAGGCUCGACUGGAACGAGAUCGAGGGGUCCCCCCUCCUCCAGGGCCACCUGCUGAACCUGUGGAUUGGAACUUUGCUCAAAAGGAGCUCCUAGAGCAGCAGGGCAUUGACAUCAAGCUGGAGAUGGAGAAAAGGCUGCAAGAUCUGGAGAAUCAGUACCGGAAGGAGAAGGAAGAGGCUGACCUUCUGUUGGAGCAGCACCGUUUGUACGCAGACUCAGACAGCGGGGAUGACUCAGACAAACGCUCCUGUGAAGAGAGCUGGCGGCUGAUCUCAUCUCUGCGGGAGCAGCUUCCACCCACCACUGUUCAGUCCAUCGUCAAGCGCUGUGGUUUGCCAAGUAGCGGCAAGCGCCGGGCCCCGCGGCGCGUCUACCAGAUUCCCCAGAGGCGGCGGCUGCAGGGCAAGGACCCCCGAUGGGCCACCAUGGCAGACCUGAAGAUGCAGGCGGUGAAAGAGAUCUGUUAUGAGGUGGCACUGGCUGACUUUCGACAUGGGAGGGCAGAGAUCGAGGCCCUGGCUGCCGUCAAGAUGAAGGAGCUGUGCCGUACCUAUGGCAAGACCGAAGGGCCUGGGGAUGCCUGGAGGGCUGUGGCUAGAGAUGUUUGGGAUACAGUAGGGGAAGAAGAAGGAAGUGGAGGAGGAGGGUCUACUGAGGAUGGGGCCCGAGGGGCUGAGGUGGAGGAUCUCCGAGCACAUAUUGACAAGCUGACUGGAAUCCUGCAAGAGGUGAAGCUGCAAAACAGCACCAAGGACCGGGAGCUCCGGGCACUGAGGGACCGAAUGCUGAGGAUGGAAAGGGUCAUCCCACUCGCCCAGGAUAAUGAGGAUGAAGAUGAUGCUGAGGUGACCUGGGCAGCCUCAGAAGGAAUAGAAGGCCUACAGGAGGCAACCCCUGGAGCUAUUACCCCCACUGUCCAGCCCCCAUCUCCUCCCCCUUCAAGCUGGGAGCGGGUGUCCAGGUUGAUGGAAGAGGAUCCUGCUUUCCGCCGUGGCCGUCUUAGAUGGCUCAAGCAGGAGCAGCAGCGCCUGCAGGGGCUACAGAGUCUUCCUGGAGGCCGAGGUGGGGGUCUUCGAAGGCCUCCUGCCCGAUUUGUUCCACCCCAUGAUUGCAAGUUGCGAUUCCCUUUCAAGAGCAACCCCCAGCACCGGGAGUCAUGGCCUGGGGUUGGUGAAGGUGGGGAGGCUUUGGCCAUACCCCAACCCCCUGAGGAGGGUACUCUUGUAUCAGCCCCUGUGUCUAGAAGGCUCCCUAGUCCUCGACGGCCACAUAGGCCUCGGAGGAACUCCUUGGAUGGAGGGGGUCGUCCCCGGGGUGGGGGUCCUAGCCAAUCAGAAUCCCAACAGUUUCAACCCAAGAAGCACAAUUAUUAUCCCCAGCAGCUUCAGCCUUACCCAGCUCAACGGCCCUCUGGUCCCCGAUAUCCUCCCUAUACCACACCUCCUCGAAUGAGACGACAGCGCUCAGCCCCUGACCUCAAGGAAAAGGGGGCCGCAGUGUGAGGAAGGGCCUGAUGGGACCCCUUGCUGAGAGGAGAGAUGUGGGAUGAUGCUCCCCCACAUGUAGGAUUAUUGGCACAGGCAGGGACAGAGAUGAGAGCAGUAGAGUAGGUGAUGGGGGACUUGAGCAGGUUGGGCCAGGAGUUGGAGAAAGUAGUAGAAUGCACAGUGCAGGGUUGCUAGGAGUAAACCAAAGGGAAGGGAAGGAAAGGGGGAUAGGUUGCCCCGAGGCUGUGCCUCCCCCCAAAUGCUGCUAAGAGUGGGGUGCUGUGUAGCCAGUUGUGUGUGUUUGUUUUUGUCUUUCAGUGGGGCAGGUAUAAUGACACUAAGAGAGGAUUAUGAAACUCCCUCCCCAAAAGAGUGUCUGUGGUGGGUUUCCCUUGUUAGGGGGAAGGGGCUGUCCUAAGAUUGCCCUCCUACUGCAGGCCUUCUGCUAUAUAUUGUCAGGGGCAUGCCAGGUUUGGUUGAGGUCCCACAGCAUGGUGGGAUUAAAAGCAUUAAAGGAAGCAAACAGGGAGAUCUGUGGCUCAUUAUUGGUGGUGUGAUGGUGUAUGUGGGAGGCACAAGGCAAGAGCUGUGGAACAGGCUGAGGAAGAGAAUGGGAGGGACAGAAGACUUAAGAAUCCACAAGGUCCUGCUGAAGAGUUUGUCUUGAGUGUGUAUUGUCCAUCUCUGGACCCAGGCUGAACACACCUAAGAUGUUUGGCUUGUUUUUGGGGGGGGGGUGUGGGUAAUGGUGGUGGGGUAGAUGGAAAGGGACAUUUUAAUGACCUGUUCCCUGCCCAUUUGUUCUUGGGAGAUUGCAAGGCUUCUAUGGAGGAAAUACAAAAGUAUUUUAUCCUUCCAUUACUGCUUUGGUCAUGCCUUUCCCUUCCUCUUAAAGCAUGUAGCCCAGCCAGGGGUUCUCAAAAUUAUUUUACUCAUAGCAUAGUAUCUGCUAUGAUGAGUCACAAACACAUUGAACAUAUAAGUUGGCAACAAAGAUGUGUUCCCUGGCAGUGGCCCCUCCACACCCAUUAGCUGGGCCUUGGGAUCCUUCCACUUUCCCCCUCAAAUAUUUCACUUUCUUUACCUCCUUAAGACUUAAUGGAAGAAGAGGAGGAGGUGACUCUGUACCUCUGGAUAGAGUUACUAUUGUGAACUUCAUGAUUCUAAGCCAAGAAUAGUGUCCUACAGUGGGAUUGAGGGCAGGGGAUUUCAUAGCACACUUAGCAGAAACUCCAUGCAAAUGCUACAGCACACCUUUUGAGAACUACUUGUACUUUUGUGUUAUCACAGAGCUUAGAUUUUAUAAAGCACUUUACAGUUACACUGUCCAAACAUCCCGCCUUACCAAAGUCUUAUGUGUCACUAUUAGCCCCUUUCUCAUUACACUGAAGAAAGAAGAGGAGUUGAAUGGAGAAAUAAGAGGAUUUAAGAAAUGCCAUACUGGGUCCAAUCAGCAUUCUGGCCAGUCUAGCAUUUUGUAUCAGACAUGCUAUGUGUGGGAAGGCAAUUUUCCACAAAAAGGAAUGUCAUCCUAAUAUCUAUAUUUAAUCUAGCCACAUCUUGCAGUGGAUCUAUUAUCCAUGCACUCAUAUUAGCCUUUCUUGAUUAUAUUUACAUUUUUAGCCUUUACCAUCAUUAAGGAGGGUGCCAUAACUGGGCCAGAGCAGCUGAAGUUUUGUCCCAUGGUGCCAAAUUUAGGAGGCACUUGACCUUCAACAACAUAGAAAUCACGGAGCUUAAUACUAGCCAAGGGAAGUUGGGGUCAAUUUCCUCCAAUGGUUCCCUUUCUCCCUUCCACUUCCUAUGUGAAGCAACUCAACUGAGGUUUUACCAUGUGUAGUUUCACUGGUAGGGUUUAUGGUAGUUUUCUCAGGUGCAAAUAUUUCUCAUUAUGACUGUGACUCUUGUUUUUACUCUUAAAAAUUUUCAUACUUGCAGGAGUUAAAAAACUUUAAAGGUUCAGUGGUUUGAUUAAAAAAAAAAUCUAUCCUAGCCACACCUGUCACAGUGAAGAGAUUGGCCCCUGUCUUUAACUUUCCAGCAAGAGCCUAAUCUUUUCAGACUUUAUGAAAACCUUUGUGACUUCUUGGUACUUCAGCUGGCCCAUAGGCCUUUCCUGGCUUCAUCUUGUUUGCUUUGAAUUAUGACAAGACCAAAACGGUCUUAUAAAUGUAGAUGAAUAAUUUUGUGUCAGAGUAGGAAGCUUUCUAUUUUGCCAUUGAUAUACCUUCUUGAAGAUGACUGAUUUCUUGUUUGGCACCCAAUUGCAGAUACUUUUGGUUAAUGCUGUAGAGUGAAAUACCUUCCCCGAUCUAGUUGUAACUGAUAGGUGUUAACUCGUUCACUGGUAUUCAAUAUCUUAUAAGACACUACAGAGGAUAAAGCAUUCUUGCCCAUAAGGAACCUAUACUCCAGUUAGGAACAGUAACUGCACAUAUAACCAAGGAGAGUAAUGAUUCAUGUCUAUAGUGUAAGGUUUACAGGGAUUCUCCCAAAGGUCCCACAAAGUAGGAGAAAUAAGCAUCCCUACCAUUUUAUAGAUGGGAGAACUAGCCCAGAGAAGUAGUCCCAGUUGCCAUAUGGGCCAAGGUAUAAUUUGUGCUUGAGAGGAAGGUGUGAGAGAGACACUAAAUGUACCCAGAACUUGGCAAGAAAGCAUUAUCCAUGGUAAGGUUAUGAAAUCAGUCUUCAUUUCUGUAUUUAACUACAUGCAUACUUGAGAGCAUUGUAUUGAUGGGGCUUUUUAAAAGCUAUUUCUAAACAUUCCCUCUUCACCACCCCCAACCCACUAUCGCAAAGAAAGUAAAGCAAAACCAAACAUCACAGUGACAAUGUAUAUAAUGUUUUCCCCUGCUCUACCAAGAGAAGAUACCAAUACACUUUUAAGAUAUAGUCAGUCUUUUCCCCAGAAUUUCAACAUGGAGAUUUGAGGAGUCCUGGAAGUUUCCCAUGUAGGAGGCAUGCAGAAUAGAAUUUGAGAGACAUCCGUGCCUUGGAAAUAAAAUCACUCCACAGUGUUCAAAGACAAAGAAGAAAGGGCAGGAGAUCUAGACAUGGGCAUACAGGUUUGAAACUAUUUUUGUACAUUUGCUCUUAAGAUUUAGGACUUUUCUCACCAUGGGGAGAAUUGAAGUGCCCAGCAGUUGCUGAUGGAGCCAGGGCUACUGAUAACCUUGUGGGCAAGAAGCCACUAACUUUGGUAUUGGUUCUGGUUUGAAGGUGGCAAUAAACUGCUUCAGCCUGAAACUGCAGGUGAUUAGGACUGGAGGAGAAAACUAAGAGUAGGACCAGCUUUCCCCAAAUCCACAGCACCCAAAGACUUGGAGACAGCAGGCAUCAGUCUAGCAGAGACAAGUCUGGAACAGGGACUAGCAGAUCUUGAAAAUCCCAUUGGUUUGUGAAAUGGUGGGAAAGAGCACUGCCACCAUGCUUCCCAAGAAGGUUCCCUUUCCUACCCUUUCUUUAAUCUGAGGGAGUGUUUCAGGUUUGUUUCUUGAGCAUCCUCCAAAGAUCUGAGAGGAUAAGCAGGUGUUUUGGGAGAUUGUGAGUGUAGGAGGGUGCUAAAUAGGAGUGUUUAAUAUUUUCCUUUCAUUUUAAUUGUGUCCAAUAAACUAUGAUGCCACAGUA